GUGUAUGGAAAACAACAGAAACUGAAAGCAGAAGAGCAAGAAAGAACAAACAACACUUUGAUAUUUUCUACUUCCAGAGAAAAAAAAUGGCAACUCUAAGAGUGCCAGAUAUGGUUCCUACUCCUGAACAAGACGCUCAGAAACUCAGGGAGCUCUCCAAGUUUUUGUGAGAUUUGUUUGUAGGAUAUGGAGUGGAUGAGAAGUCGGUGAUACGGAUAUUAGGACAUAGAAAUGCAACUCAAAGGAAGCAAAUCAGAGAAAUUUAUCAUCAGCUUUACAAUGAAGAUCUCAUUGAUCGUAUCAAUUCUGAAAUCGCUGGUGAUUUUAAAGAUGCAUUGAUUUUUUGGACAUAUGAUCCUGCAGAAAGGCAUGCAAGACUAGCAAAGGAAUCAUUGAAGAAAAAAUUCAGUGUUAAACACCUACAAGUGAUAGUUGAGAUAGCAUGUGCCUCAUCCCCUUACCAUCUCAUCGAGGUGAGGAAGGCGUAUUGUUCUCUUUUUGAUUGCUCACUUGAGGAAGAAAUUGUGUCUGUAGUUCCUUUCGCACUAAGAAAGCUUCUACUGGGUCUAGUGAGCUCAUUCAGGUAUGAUAAGGAACUGGUGGAUAUAGAGUUAGCCAAAUCAGAAGCUGAUGUAUUACAUCAUGCCAUCACAUCAAAGCGAUUCGAUGAUGAUAAAGUUGUUCAUUUAAUUAGCACUCGGAACUUCUAUCAGCUCAGAUUAACCUUUGAGUGCUACGGAUACAAACAUGCUAAUUCUAUUGAGGAGGAUAUCAAGAACGGUGGGAAGGGUGAUUUGGUAUCUCUAUUGAAAAUGGCCAUCUUAUGCAUUGACACCCCAGAGAUGCACUUUGCAGAGGUAAUCAGAGAUUCCAUUCUGGGUAUUGGGACAGAUGAGGAAGCGCUAAACAGAGUCAUUGUGACUAGAGCUGAAAUUGACAUGAAGAAUAUCAAAGAAGUGUACCCUCACAUGUACAAAUGCACCGUGGAAGAUGAUGUAGUUGGUGAUACAUCAGGAAGCUAUAAGAAUUUCUUACUCACCUUGACUGGAGAUAAAUACUAAUUCAUUCAGCUCAUACCCAUGUUGCAUUUUUAUUUCUCAGUUCAGAUGACCUUGAAUUGCUCAUAUUGCCCUCUUUGAAUAAAAAAUGUAUGAGUUUGUUGCUGUAAGAGAUUUCAGCAGUUGCAAGAUGACAUUUUUGCAUUUC